AUGGCGGAGAGCCUGAGCCCCUGCUCCUCACGGGGCCAGUGCCAGCCCAGCAUGGGCGCCAACACCUCGUCCGGCAGCAUGGACGCCAACGCCUCCUCCUCGGUGGGCGGCAGCGCCUGGAGGGGCCGGGAGCCCUUCUCCAUCUUCACCGUCCUCAUCCUGACCCUGCUGGUGCUCCUGACCGUGGCCACCUUCCUCUGGAACCUGCUGGUGCUGGCGACCAUCCUGCGAGUGAAGGCCUUCCACCGGGUGCCCCACAACCUGGUGGCCUCCACGGCGGUGUCGGACGUGCUGGUGGCGGCCCUGGUGAUGCCGCUGAGCCUGGUGAAGGAGCUGUCGGCCGGGCGGCGGUGGCGGCUGGGCCGGUCGCUCUGCCAGGUGUGGAUCUCUUUCGAUGUGCUGUGCUGCACUGCCAGCAUCUGGAAUGUCACGGCCAUUGCCCUCGACCGCUACUGGUCCAUCACUCGCCACCUGGAGUACACGCUCCGCACCCGGCGCCGCAUCUCCAACAUCAUGAUUGCUCUGACCUGGGCACUCUCCGCCUUUAUCUCUCUGGCCCCACUGCUCUUUGGCUGGGGAGAGACUUACUCAGAGGACAGCGAAGAGUGCCAAGUCAGCCGAGAGCCUUCCUACACCAUCUUCUCCACCUUUGGGGCCUUUUACCUGCCCCUCUGCGUGGUGCUCUUCGUCUACUGGAAGAUCUACAAGGCGUCCAAGUUCCACAUGGGGGGCCGCAGGAGGAACGCCGUGGUGCCCCUGCCCGAGGCUGCCCAGGUGAAGGAAGCUUCGCAGGAACCACAGAUGGUGUUUACAGCUCGUCGUGCAGCUAUCACUUUCCAGACAGAUGGAGAAACAUGGAGAGAACAGAAAGAGAAAAAAGCAGCUCUGAUGGUUGGCAUCUUAAUUGGAGUUUUUGUACUGUGCUGGAUCCCUUUCUUCAUCACAGAAUUAAUAAGUCCCCUCUGCUCCUGCAACAUCCCGCCUGUCUGGAAAAGCAUCUUCCUUUGGCUUGGCUACUCAAAUUCUUUCUUUAAUCCUCUCAUUUAUACAGCAUUUAACAAAAAUUACAACAAUGCCUUCAAGAACCUUUUUGUAAAGCAAAGAUAAAAGAGGAAACAGAGGAGAAAAUGAUUAUUGCAUAAUAGAGAGAUUUCUUGAGGGAAACAUGCCUGUGAUAUGUACAGUUUUCAUGCACAAGAGCUACUUGAGGGAGUGAAAAAGAUGGAAGAUGUCUGGAUGUAAACCUACUGAGAGUUUACAGUUACCCCUUAGAAAUACAUAUGUGCUACGCCAGUGUUUGGCAAAGAAGGUGGAAGCAGGGAACGCCUCCUGUCUGCUCUUCCAACCAUCCCACGCUGAGGUCUGCCAGGGAAGCGCUGUGUGU